AGGUUCUAGACAAAUGAGAGAUGAACAGAGGUAAAGAAUGUUAGCUUUGAAGAUCAUUGCUGUAUCUGACAGAUCCUAACUUCCUGUACCUUAUGUUUCUUCCACUUCCUGACUAUCUUCUGUGUAUCCGUUCGUCCGUAUCUGAGUUUGUCCGUUUGUAGUUUGUCCGCAACAUUUGUUGAGCACCGAGCUUUUAACUCGCAGGUCUUUAUCGUCACGAGCCUGGUCCUGAUGGAGAGCAUUUCGGAACUGACCUUUAUCAGACAGGCGAUGGUGGUCUACGGCACUUUAAUCGGCUAUCUCAUCACCUGCUUUGUGAUGGCAACAGGUCAUGUGGGUGGCGCCGUUGUGGACAAGCGUCUCGAUGUCCUCUUCUCGAUCGGCGGCUUUGUGCUGUUCGUGGCCUCGGGCACCAUUAUCGUGGACCAGUGGCUGGGGCACUGCAAGUCGCAGGAGGAGAAGGAAGCGCUCCUGGUCGUCGGCCUCUUGAGUCUGACCAACGGGGCCGUCUUUGUGGGCGACAUGUUCGUUGUGCUGGGCUCUUGAAAUAAUAGUUGCUAGUUCCUACAAUAUUUUGUGAAAUGAAAAUGAAUUUAUACAAUAUAGAGAGAAUGCUGAUAAGAUCCUGAAAAAGCUAGUAUUAAAAAUAUAGGCUUUUAGAACCCUAGAUGUGAUAUAUAGUGCUCUAUACGUACGGUAUUUACAUAUGAUAUACAUAUGAUAAUAGCAUAUUAUAUAUAUGUUAUGAUAUCAUAUAUAUAUAGAUAUAGAUAUAUGACAUGAUGUAACUUUUUCGAAUGUUUUCCUAAUAUAUUUACUGUAGCAAACUCCUCUAAUGAUAUCAAAUA